CAGUGGAGGGCUAACCUGGUUUGCGGAGCGGUCGGGUGUAUUCUCCGCUCGCCCCCACGCCCUCGAGGCCCCCGCCGCCUAACCCAACGGCGGAGCCAGCCAGUGGCUCCCGCGGCGCCCUCCCGCACCGGAUCGCUCCUCGCUGGGGCGGGACCUGGCCCGACGGCUCCGGUCACUAUGAGUGAACCAUCUUUCAACCUAAUAUCAGAAAAAUGUGACAUUCUUUCAAUUCUUCGGGAUCAUCCUGAAAACAGGAUUUACCAGAGGAAAAUCCAGGAACUCAGCAAACGAUUCACCGCGAUCCGCAAGACCAAGGGGGAUGGGAACUGCUUCUACCGGGCCUUGGGCUACUCCUAUCUGGAAUCUUUGCUGGGGAAGAGCAGGGAGAUCCUCAAGUUCAAAGAGCGUGUACUGCAGACCCCAAAUGACCUUCUGGCUGCUGGCUUCGAGGAGCACAAGUUCCAGAACUUCUUUAAUGCUUUUUACAGCGUGAUAGAGCUCGUGGAGAAGGACAGCUCCGUGUCCAGCCUGUUGAAGGUGUUCAAUGACCAGAGCUCCUCGGACCGAAUCGUGCAGUUCCUGCGCCUGCUCACCUCAGCCUUCAUCAGGAACCGUGCAGACUUCUUCCGACAUUUCAUCGAUGAGGAAAUGGACAUCAAAGACUUCUGCACUCAUGAAGUGGAGCCCAUGGCCAUGGAGUGUGACCACAUCCAGAUCACGGCCCUGUCCCAGGCACUGAACAUUGCCCUGCAGGUGGAGUAUGUGGAUGAAAUGGACACGGCCCUGAACCACCACGUGUUCCCCGAGGCUGCCAUCCCUUCCGUUUACCUGCUCUAUAAAACAUCCCACUACAACAUCCUUUAUGCAGCUGAUAAACGUUGAUUAAUUUUAGGCCAUGCAGUGGAGCCUGUCACCUAACGGGACUGUAUUCUGAAUGGAACGUUACGGCUUUGCAAUUUUUUAAGCAAUUUAGACUAUAGUUAGAAAAUGUGCAGCCUUUUGGGCAAAGUCACUGAGAAUAAGGCCUACUCACUAUGGACUGUUGGUAACUUGGUGAUAUUUUUAAUAUUUAUCUUCAUGGAGGAUCAAAUGUUUUCUAACUCUGGGCUAGGAACCUAGAUCCCCUGACUCUACCCCAGUUCCGAGACCUUGCAUAGGUCACCUCCUCUCUCUGGGCCCAAUUCUUCAUCUGGAGGAGGUUCCUUGCCUGUGUUGACAUCCUAUUGUAUAAAAAUGGGGUCCUCUGGUUUCUUUUCACCAGGGGUAGUGCCUCUCUGUAGGGGAGGAAAAGCUCCAGAUCAGCUGUCUUAAAUGACUUACCGGUUCUAUAAAAAAUCAAGUCCAAUCAGCUGCUGGACUGGACUUCAGUACACAGUGAAUUGAGGCCAACUUGAAUGAGAGGGCUUCAGUGUACUUCCAAACAUUCAUGAUAGAGGGUUUUCUUACCCCUAACUUGGAAAAAGAGACUUUUAUGCCAAAGUCUAGAAAGGGGCCUGUAGCCGUCCACAUGAAGCUCAAGUUGUUGGGUCCCUCUACCUCCCUCAGGGCCAGGACUGCCUGCCUUCUGGUGGGCAGCCCAGCAGGGUUCUGCCACCAGCCCCACCUGGACAGACACUGAGAAAGACUAGGAUCUGGGGCCAAGAAGAUGUCUCAUCAUCCCCAACACAUCCUGGAAGUAGAAUCUUCUCAGCCAGGUGGAAACAUCAAGCAGCACAUGCCGCCACAGAGUCCGGCUGAGCAGAGCAGACAAGUUUUUGGAGGCUGUCUUUGGCUUCUUUCCCCUCUUCUGUUUGGCUUACGGCCUGGCUGGAGGUCAGGUGCGAAAGAAGAGCGGUGCGCUGAGGAGACUGGCAGUGGGGGAGCUCGCCCCUGUGGAAACUACGUGGGAGCCAGAGGCCUGGCUCUUGCCCAUCUCCUCGCUCACCCACCUGGACACGCCCGUUCAUAACCUCCUCGCCUUGCUGCCUCAGGAUCUUGGGGAGCCCUGGCUGGGUGCGAGCUCAAGCUCUCUUCCUCUGGGAAGAAAUGGAGAAUGCAGGGGUGUGGAAGUGCCUUCCUUAAUUGAAGGCCUCACAGGUUCCAUUCUGCAGGGAUUUAUUAGAAUCUCUUGGUGCUGCAGUGCCAGACUGUGGUGUCUGCCGACAGCCAGUACAUGCACCAGGAGGACCGGCUAACAGACUGUUCCCAGUUCUUGUAUACAAAUGUCAGAUUUGUAUCAGUCUUCUGCCUUUGUGAAAACUGAUGUCAGGGUGCUUAUAAUCCCAGGCAGGUAUCCGGUUCCCAUACUGCCCUUGGCUGGAAUUUGGACGCAAGGUCUCAAUCUAAGUGAUUGUCACUUUUUCACAGGAAUGUAAACCUGACCCUGAUCUCUGAAUUGGUUCAGUGGUCCCACUUUGUUCUGGGUAAGAGUGCUGUGACAAGUACACUGUAAGAGUGGGGUAACAUGUCACAUGAUUUAUAAAUAUCAUAAUCCCUGUUUCUAAACUGAAGGACAUUGGGGUGAAUCUUAGCUGCUCUGAGCAGUUGUGAGAUGGGUCCUGGGCCUCCAAUUGGGCUCUCAAGCACAGUAUAAUCAGCACUGGUUGCCACUUAACUGCAUUUGUAGCUUGUGUAGCAUUCACAAAAGCAAGGCUUUCUCUUUGGCAGACAGGCUGGAGAAAUGCUCUCUGAGUUGUGUCUGCUGUGUUUCCAGGCCUGAGAGCCUGCCAGUGCUCAUAUGGGACCCUCUUCCUGGCAGAGAUCCUAUCCGUUUAGAAUCAGAAUGCCAAAGAGAAGCAGGCUGUUUUCAUGACCUUGCCCUCUCCUCUCCCAUUUUUCACAAAACUAUUGGCCAAAUCCAAACCACUGCUCUCUUCCUUUCACAUCUGCCCUCAGAUCUUGCCUCUGAAGGGAAAGCACUAUGGAAGAAAGGAGUGGCAGGAUUCAGAGAAACUUUAAGUAACAAAGUUAAAAUGCAGUCAUCCGUGGCCAGUCAUACCAGCAAUCACACUUCCUGGGUAAUUCUUCACUCACCCCACAAAGCCUUCUCUUUGCAGACCAAAAGCUGGAAGGAAAGUUACUUUCAGAGUUUGUCUUUACAACUGCACAUGUGUUACUUUCCUUCCAAAGGGCACUUUAUAAAUCAAUAUGAAUAUUUAGCAACAAAGAGAACUCUCCUUGCUUUUGGUUCCUACCUUAAGCACAAAGUGGCUCUGGAGCCAGACUGCCUGGGUUCAAAUCUCAGUUUUGUCACUAACUAGUUAUAUGACCUUGGCCAAGUCAUUUCACCUCCAAGUUCCCAUUCGCACAUUAGUGAAAUGAAGACAAUACCAACACAUCAUAGAAUUACUGGUUCGAGUGGAACAAGAUUAUACGUGAAAACAAUUGCAAGACCUGACACAUAGUAAGUGCCCUACAAAUGGGAUGCUUCCCCCACUGACCCUUCCCAGUGGGAUGCAGCAGAACACUGCAACAUGGGGAAACACGCCACCUUGGCAGUGGCACUGUGGCUUCCCAAGCAGAGGGAAGAAGUCUAAGGACCAAAUAUAUUCCCACACUGAGCAGAAAUAGGGGCAGGGGCUGUGGCUCAGUAAGUGGCUCCCCAGGGGCCCCCUUGUCCUGUGGAAUGUAGGCCAGGCCAUAUAGCUUCCUUGAGCAAUUGGUAAAAACAUUUUCCUAGCAUUAAAGUGGUUUCCAUAACAACUUUUUUGUCCUGGCUCCUUAACAGUUGGUACCUAGCAUGCACCGAAGAUCAACACUGCUAUCCUAUGGGGCUUGUUAUGCGUGAGUGGAUUAGCGGGGGUAGGAGUGUCCUUAUUUAGUGAAAGGUCUAGACAUUCAGGAAAUUCUGUCCUUGGGCUGGGCUGGAGGUGCCAAAGGAACCACAGGCCUCACCAAAGCUUCACCUCAUCAGGUCAGAGAGCAAAACUGCCUGGGAGACUGGACCUAUCUUUUAAAACCUACCUCUUUAAUGUUACCCCACAGAAAAGAAUUUGCUGUUAGAGGGUAAGGACAGGAUGUCACAGGACAUUAGUGGAUCUGUUUGGCCUGUGACAAGUGUCCUCAGGCCUCUCAUGGCUCAGGGGCUGCUUAUACUUCCACUGUAUCAUUUGGAAAAUGGAGAGCCCCCCUGCCAUCCUCUAAUGCUGUCACUAAGGAGCUGACUUCACAGACUAGGGCUGUUUCCUUCUGCAUCCUCCUCCUCCAGGUCACUGGUGACACUGGGGAGACAUUCUUUGGCAACACUGCUGACUUUUAAAACCAAAGCAGUUUUCUGAACUUGCCUUGAGCCUACAAGGAAACACCCAAGGUUCUAAUGCCAGCUCUGCCACUUGGCUGCUGUGUGACCCUGAGCAAGUCUUAACCACUCAGCGUGAGCUUUCUCAGCUACACAAAAGGGUACUAAGACUUACGUCCCAGGGCCUUGACAGAAAACUAAAUGACAAAGUAGAUAAAAGUACCUACCACUCAGUGAUACCUGAAUCUGAGUUUAGGCCAACUACCCUGUUGCAGUUACCCACAGGGACUGAGGGAAUACAGCUGCCAACCGUGAGGCCAAGGGAACACCUGUGUAGAAGCCCUGACUUAGCUGUGCAGAAAUCUGUGCCUCUCCCGUGACUGGCUACUCACCCAGGCUGAGCCAGAGAAAGCUGUGGUUGCACCAGGAGGUCAUGUGUUCCUUCAGCACAUAUUUACACCAGACCCUGAUCUAAGCGCAAGGGCUGCAAGGGGUAAUAAAGCAACUUCUGCUCUCAGGAGGCUCAGCAAGGUACCAGAUACCAGUGCGGCAAGUGUUGUAAAGAGGGUGAUCCUGGGUACUGUGGGAGCCCACAGCAGGAACACCUCACCUCCCGGGGCUCAGGGGCCAGCAGUGCUCAGGGACAGGAAAAGGCAAACAGGCCAAGGGAAAAGCUUGGACAAAGGCUCAGGGCCAAGAGAAUGGGGGCGUGAGACCGCAGGCAGCCACCAGUUCUGUCACACAGAGGAAGGAAGCAGAGAGACGAGGCUAGAGAGACUGGCCAGGGCCAGAUCCCACGCGCCUCUCAGCCAUACGUGGCAUACUGCUCCUGGCUUCCCCACAAGUGGCUCUGUGAUGUUACAGAAGCUGUGUUUUCCUGGAACCCGAGAAUGGCCAUCUCUUCCCUGCCCACCUCCCAGGGAGGCUUAGACAAUACAAGAGCUAAGGAGCUGUUGGGAUACUGCUUUGGAGAAAAGCAGGAACACACACUGGGGUCCAGGCAGAAAUGACUUUACAGUGAUCUGUGAAACUCACCGGGCUCCUGCUCCAUCCACACUGUGCAGUGAAGUGAGACGCACCCCUUGUGCAUCCUGCAGCAAGAGGACUAUGCCAGUG